GCAGUGUUGACGCCCAGGAGGAGGCGAUAGUUUCAGGUCGCACGGAAGGCCGGAUCUGUGGUUCUUCUCUGCUUGCGAUUCGGAAACUCCCCGCUCUCUGACAACCUCGCAUAUCGGUCACGGACGACGAUGUUCACCAGGGACUGCCGCAGCACAGCUACGAUUAUGCGUAACUAUUAUGCACGCACGCGUUUGUUUCAAAGCGCCGGCACGGGCAAUUGAGACGAAGGCCUCGUGGGAAAUGCCCUGUCCUAAGUGGGUCGCUUCUUUGCCGGUGAUCGCGUCAGGGGUAAGGGCUAACAAGCGGGUCUCUAGCUGUCGUAAGAGGAACCGCGCGCUGAUCAACACGCCGUGUCUAGGAUGCUGUUGGCUAGUGAUGACAGGGGAAGACAUGCAGGAUGCGAUCUGUUCAGCUCCCGAGAACGAGGUUGCGGCCCUGGUUCCUCAAUCUCCCUGGUUUCUCAUGGGAUGACAGCGCUGCAACACACUCCCAAACCACGACGAUAAUGUAUAGGCACAGCCCAGCAGAGCCUCUAUGGUUCGUCCCCUUGCUAAGCAACGGUCCCCAGCUGAGACA